AUGAUUGCUAAACCCAGCUCUGAUGUUGACAUCUUUUAUAAUCGUAGGCACCGGGUUUCCCAUAACGCCCACCUUUCUCCGCCGGAUGGAGCGGGGCAGGCCUGCUCAGGUCAGCUAACAGGUGCCUCCGCAAGAUUAAUAUUCACGUUGCCAACCAGUACAGUAGCUACAGCAUCCAGUGAGCUAGAGGAGCCAAACUCAGGAAUGGAAGAAGAUGACAUGGUAAAUGGAGACUUAGGAGAUGGCCUUGGAAGGAGGCCCGGCGGCCUCUAUGAAAUGGGUUCUUUGAGUGUUCGUGCAUUUAAAUCAAGAAAAGGAUCAAAUGGCAGAGACUCGCGGCCUCCCCAGAUUUCAAGGCUGGUGGAAGAAAAUGGUGAUGCCGUUUCUCGCUCUUCAGCGUGCAGUAACCUGUAUGAAACGUUAUCCCAAAGGCAAGGACAAAGCACAGUUGCUGAUUACAGCUGGAAAAAUGGCUCUGUCCUUGUAGGUUCUAAUUCUGAAUUGUCUAAUGAAGAAUUAAGGCAACACCUUUGUGAAGUUCUUGUGGAGGUAGAGACUCUAAGAAUUGAACUUGAGGCAUCUCAAAGACAGCUCAAAGGGAAGGAGGAAGCAUUAAAAAUUCUUCAAAACUUGGCAGUAUUUGGCAAAGCCACCAGCCAUACCAAGGAGAUGCUCCAAAAAACUGAGGAACAAAAAAGGUUUUUGGAAAAGGAAAUAAAUGCUUUGCAGUGGGAAAUAGAAUUUGAUCAGGAUAGAUUUAAAAACAUAGAAGAAUCUUGGAUCCAAAAAUACGACAGAAUAUACUGUGAAAACAUGGUCCUCAAAGAAACUGUGAAAUUGCGAACAGAAGAACUUAAAACUCUUAAAUCUGAAAAUGCAACUUUAAGUCAGCAGUGCCUGGAGUUGCUUGCCAUGCUUGAUGAAAAACAACAGAAAAUAGCUCAGGAAUCCAUGUGUCUUAGUGCAAGUGGCCUUACGGAGGUUACAGGUUUUGAACUGGCUGUCCUUGGAGCCUGCACCUGUACCAGGCUUGAUGGACAACCGUGUUCCUGUGCUAAAAUGGCGGCCGCCACCCGCAAACAGCUGCUUCAUCUCAAACAAGAGGUGGAGUAUGUAAAGAAGAGUAAAGAAGAAGCAUAUAUAAUGGCAGACGCAUUCAGGAUUGCAUUCGAGCAACAACUAAUGAGAAAAAAUGACCAGAUCCUGAGAUUGACACAAGUGGAUAAGAUUUAUAAAAAAAGAUCUAAGCAAACAAACAGGAACCGCCAGGAAGAGGAUGGAACUGGGUUACAAAGGAAUAAGAAGAGCCUAGGACAGAAGCUGAGGGGCAUGCUUAUUUCAGGAUCUGAUUGCAGGAAAAUGGAAGAAUUGGAUAAUCCUCAGGAAAUCCUUAAAGUGCUAAUAGAUAUGUUGAAUGAUAAAGAGGAAGCUCUGGCUCAUCAAAGAAAGGUUAGUUAUAUGCUUGCUCGGGCAGUGGAAGAAAAAGAAGAAAUUAUGAAGCGAAACAAAGACCGCAGGCCAUCAGAAGAGGAUUUCACAUCUCGGAUUCACUGGCAUAAAACUUUGAAGUCUCAUGAUUCGCUUAAUCCUAUGUGUUCAUAUUUCCAGACUUGUCGUUCUGGGAGUUGUAUUUGCUCAAUCCAGAAGUCUGAAAUGCCUCAGAGUACCUCAAGAGCACUUAAAAAAUCACAUUCUUUACCAUCAAGGAUCAUGCAGUGUGAAGAAAAUGCUGGACGAGAAACAGGUCAAACCAGAAUUAGUUGUCGUUCACCUCAAAUCAAAAAAUCGGAAUCCGUGAGUGCUUCAGUUUAAGUUGUAGACUGCAGACAUUUCCAGGGCAUUCUUAAUGUAAAAGCAAAAGUCGGAUCAUCUAACUUCCCUGAACAAUUUAAUAUACUUUGUAAAAUACAAAUCGAUUGAAACAUUUUGUUUUAAAAUGCUUUUUAGUAUAUAUUAAUAUAAACCUUUCAUUUGUACCAAAAGCUAUAUAUCUAAAAUGACUUAGGGAGAACGCUGGAUAAGAGUAACUACUGAAAUAUACAGAUUGAAGGGUGAAUUGGGAAGGAUAAAAUGGAAUCAUUGAGAAUAUUUUACCUUAAAGGAUAAGGUAAGGGUAAGGGUAAGGUAAUACCCAAUAAAAGAAAGAAAGAGCGUU